CUGAACCAGCCAUGGUUCACGCUACAUCCGUGUGGGACUAGUGAGUGGAUGAAGAUGCUCUUUAGUAGGGACACAUCUGCAAUGGCACUUGGUGGAGUGGCUAUUGAUAGGUACAUGGUGUCUUGGUUCUCAGUUGUUUCGAAAGCUUUUGGUCUCCAACUUCCCCUUGAAAUGUUUGGUAGUGGUUAAGUUUUGGAAAUACUUUGGUUGAGUUUUAUGGCACAAAUUUCGUAAAAAGAAUUUUCACUUUAUUUCUCUCUUUUCAAAAAGGAAUCGAAAUUAGUCCGUAUCCGUUACCCUAUUUUCAAAACACCCAUAAUUUUUUUUAAAAAUUCCUUCCUACUUUUAAAAUACCCUCCAUCUCCCUCUUCUCUUCCUCCCUCCACUCUCCCCAACAAACACCACUCUCCGAGUCACUGGACGAGAUCGGAGCCCGAAUCGCCGAUUCCGACUUCAUCGCCGUUUCCUUACAGACGACCGGAGCUUACUCUUCUCCCUGGAAGCGUCAUCUCCCAUUCGACACCGCCGAAAUCGGUUAUCUCAAAGCCAGACACGCCGCCGAAAGGUUCCAGAUUCUUCAAUUCGCCGUUUGCCCUUUCUCCUUCUGGGCCUCCAAAGUCAUUGCUCACCCAUACAAUUUCCAUUUGUUCCCUCGGGAUGAGUUGAAAGUUGGGUUGCCUUCUUAUAGUUUUUCUUGUCAGCCAUCUUAUCUGGUGUCACUUGCACGUGAAGGCUUCGAAUUUAAUGCUUGCAUAGAUGAUGGCAUAUCAUACUUAUCCAGAGCACAAGAAGUAGCUGCAAAAGAUCAUAUUAGGAAUCCAUCAGCUCCCAGCUGUACAAUUUUAUCUCCACCAUCCCGAUCAGUGGCUGAUUCUAUAUUUGUAGAAAGGAUCAAAUCCCGAGUCAAACAUUGGAUAGAUGCUUGCAAUGAUUUGGGCAAGAAACCCGAAGUUCAUUGAGGAGAAUGAUCUCUGCAAUUGAAGUGCAUGGUUCUAGGCCCUGCUUGAACAUAGAUACUUGCAGUCAGAGACAAGUGAAUCUUGUGCUUGAGAAUGAACUUCAAGACAUAGGAAAGGAACAUAACAAGCGUAUUCGUGGCUUUCGUGAAGUGGUUGAACUGAUUGCCAGUUCUCAGAAGCCUGUUGUUGCCCACAAUUCAAUGAAUGAUUUUACAUUUAUUCAUUCAAAAUUCUUUGAACCAUUACCAUCAACCUUGGAUGAAUUUAGAAACUCAUUGGGCUCUGUCUUUCCUCACAUUCUUGAUGUGAAACAUCUUAUUAAGGAGCUUGGCUUUCAGAAGAAUUUGAAUAAUAUAUAUGUGGCUACAUCAUACCUCAAUAGCAGGUUUUUUGCCCCAGUACAAGUAGAGAGCACCCACCAAGCUGUGGCAUCCGAUGCAGACAAACUCAGGAGUCAAGGCCACAGUGUUGUAAAGAUAAGCGAGUUAUUCGCGAAGUUGUGCUUCAUUUUGAAAAUUGACCCAAAAACCCCUGGAGCCAUUGAAGAGGGCCAUCCCCAUUUGCCUCCGGCUCUAAAAUGCUACGCAAAUAUGUUCGAUUCUUGCUCAACCGGUUACCAGGGUUCUACUAAUGAAGAAGAAGAAGUUGGACUAUGGGCAAAACGACGCGAAAGAGCUAGCAGCAAAAACAUGGUCUUCCUGUGGGGAUUUCAGAGUGGGAUUUCUACUGGCCAGUUGAAAAGACUUCUGCACAGGAAACAUGUAGUCUUCGCUGGUGAAUUUGAUGUUCGGCUGGUGGAUGACAGCUGCGCAGUUGUUUUCUGGAAUCCGGGCUUCUCUGAAGCCCUCUUGGAAGCAAUGGAUGCUUUGGGAGAGGGAUGUUCUAGUAGCUCAUUGAAGGAGAUGGUGUCUGAAGGCAUUAGAGCUGCUAGUUAUGAUGCCUAUGUAAAAGUCUGCAAGUUAGAGCUAUGGAAACCAAACUUGGCUGAUUCUUUAGACUUGGCUUUGGAAGAAGAUGAGUCUGAAGAUCUCUCAGUGAUGCAUAAUGAUGAAAUGAUCUACCUGGAUGACCUCUAAGAAUUUCACCCUUCUCCCUACCCAUUUCCCAACCCGUCUCCCCAGUCGGCAGAAAGUCCCAAAUCCGUGUCGUUCUCUUCUCGGUCCUCACCAAUCGGCAAUCACCAUCUCACAUUCUCCCAGUUCCAGUUCCUGCGUUCUCAAGCCGACGCCAUUCACGCCAAGAUCUCAUAAUCACCAUCUCCGUCCCGGCGUCACCAAUCGGCGAUCACCAGAAACAAAACAUAUGAUAUAAUUCAAUCCCAAACAAUCAAAGAUUCACAAUUGUUAAUAUAAUAGGGUUUUGACAUAAAAUAAAUAUAGUAAUAAUAAACAUUUUUUAUGACGAAAGUAUCCUAAAAGCUUCCUCUAAUAUUCAUUUAAGCUCCAUCUCUUCAUUUCAUCUAGUCACUUCUAUCUUGAUUGUAGUUCACGUCCAAAGUGGAAACUAAACGAUAUCUCUCAUAUUGAGUCUUGAUCUGCAAAUGAAAAAAAAUAAAAUUAAUAAAAAAAAGGUAGUAAAUGACCAGAGCAACCAGAGAACGUAUAAAGCAAAUAGUGUAUAAAUUGAUUAGAGCAAACAUAGCACGUAUUGCUGCAGUUCUU